AUGGAUAGCAGGCGCCCCGGCAUUUCAGGCAACACAUCGGAGAGCAGCGAGAGCAGCCACUAUCCCCCUUACCAGGAGCAACACUACCCGGAAGCAUGGGAUGAGCAAGCGGCAUCGCUCCUGCGGCGGAACAGCUCCAGCCGUUACAGCUCGCCAUUUGCCGAUCCCGUCGCCGAAUCAGAUUCACAGAAGCGAUAUACGCUGCAUGAUCCCGGUCCAUCGAUCGGUGGGGUCCCGGAAUACGAACCGGUUCAGUUGACCGAAAGGAAGAAUCGCACAGGGCUGGAGCGGUACGGGACGAGGAAGAUUAACCUGGUAAAGGGAGCAGUGCUGAGUGUCGAUUAUCCGGUCCCGAGCGCGAUUCAGAACGCGAUCCAGCCGGCGUAUCGGGAUGUCGAGGCGGCUUUCGCAGAGGAAUUCACACACUUGCGAUAUACGGCGGCGACGUGUGACCCCGAUGAGUUUACCCUGCGCAAUGGAUACAAUCUUCGGCCGGCGAUCUAUAAUCGGCAUACCGAGUUGCUCAUUGCUGUUACUUAUUAUAAUGAGGAUAAGGUCCUCACUGCGCGUACUCUGCACGGAGUAAUGCAGAAUAUCCGGGAUAUUGUCACGUUGAAAAAAUCCGAGUUUUGGAAUAAAGGAGGCCCAGCGUGGCAGAAGAUUGUUGUCUGUUUGGUCUUUGAUGGUAUUGAGCCCUGCGAUAAGAAUACCCUGGACGUGCUGGCCACAAUCGGGGUCUACCAGGAUGGGAUUAUGAAGAAAGAUGUAGAUGGCCGAGAGACCGUUGCUCAUGUGUUCGAAUACACGACACAGUUAUCAGUUACUGCUACUCAGCAACUAGUUCGACCUCAGGGUGACGAAUCAAGCAACCUACCCCCGGUGCAAUUUAUAUUCUGCUUGAAACAGAAGAACAGUAAAAAGAUCAACUCGCAUCGUUGGCUUCUCAACGCUUUCAGCCGAAUCCUGAACCCUGAAGUUAUUGUUCUUCUAGAUGCAGGCACGAAGCCAGGCCCGAAGUCCUUGCUAUCGUUAUGGGAAGCCUUCUAUAAUGACAAAACACUGGGUGGAGCGUGCGGUGAGAUCCACGCCAUGCUUGGCUCGGCCUGGCGCAAGGUUUUGAACCCCCUUGUUGCCGCGCAGAAUUUUGAAUAUAAAAUUUCAAAUAUCCUGGAUAAGCCGUUAGAAAGCGCUUUUGGCUAUGUCAGUGUUCUGCCGGGCGCUUUCUCUGCUUACCGGUACCGAGCUAUUAUGGGCCGUCCGUUAGAGCAAUAUUUUCAUGGCGACCAUACAUUAUCCAAACGUCUUGGUAAAAAGGGAAUUGAAGUAGCCAAGGCCGGGUUCAAGUGGCACUUAAGCUAUGUGAAGGCAGCAAAGGGCGAGACUGAUGUGCCUGAGAACGCGGCCGAGUUUAUCAGCCAGCGUCGUCGCUGGCUGAAUGGGUCGUUUGCGGCGAGUCUGUACGCAAUGAUACAUUUCGGGCGUAUUUACCGCAGCGGUCAUAGUAUCAUUCGAUUGUUUUUCUUGCAUAUCCAGAUGCUUUAUAAUUUCUGCCAGCUUAUCAUGACCUGGUUUUCUCUCGCGUCAUACUGGCUGACCAGCUCGGUAAUCAUGGACCUAGUCGGCACCCCGAGCCCUCACAAUAAGGAAAAAGGCUGGCCCUGGGGCAAUGACGCAUCGCCGAUAGUCAAUACCUUUCUUAAAUACGGGUACCUCUGGCUCCUGAUGCUCCAGUUCAUGCUAGCCCUUGGUAAUCGACCAAAGGGUGUGGUUACGCUCUACACGCUCUCAUUCGUCUACUUCUCUCUCGUGCAGCUCUAUGUUCUCAUCCUCUCCUUCUACCUAGUCGUUAACGUCUUUACUGGAGGCAUGCUAGACUUCAACUUCGAUGAUGGUGUUGCCGCCUUCCUACAGUCCUUUUUCAGCUCGUCUGGUGGUGGUAUCGUGCUCAUUGCGCUAGUAUCCACAUACGGGAUCUAUAUCAUUGCGAGCAUUCUGUACCUUGACCCUUGGCACAUCUUGACCAGUUCAUGGGCAUACUUCCUCGGCAUGACCACAGGCAUCAAUGUGCUCAUGGUCUACGCAUUCUGCAAUUGGCACGACGUCUCCUGGGGCACAAAAGGAUCUGACAAAGCAGAUGCCUUACCGUCAGCAACGACUAAGAAAGACGAGGACAGCAAGAAGAACUUCAUCGAAGAGGUUGACAAACCACAAGCCGAUAUUGACAGCCAGUUUGAGGCUACGGUAAAACGCGCCUUAGCGCCAUGGGUUCAACCCGAAGAGGAUGAAGGCAAAACCCUCGACGACUCGUAUAAGAAUUUCCGAACCGGAUUGGUGUGUCUCUGGGUCUUUAGCAAUUUGCUCCUGGCGUUGAUGAUUACCGCCACGGGCGUCGAUAAGAUCUGUUUUACGAAUACAUCGACUACCAGGACGACCGGAUACUUCCAGGCUAUCUUGUGGAUUACGGCGGGCUUGUCAAUCUUUCGGUUUAUUGACCUACUGUAUCAGAAUCUUACCUAUUCACUACGUGGCCGGAGCGACCCUGGCGCCGAUUUCAAAAACAUCGACAUCAUGUCCGUCAACAGCGUUUCCCUUUCAGGCUCUCAUUCUGUCUCGAAAGCUGCUGUAUCUAGUAUAACGCUCAUUCCGAACCACGGUGUCAAAGGUGACGCCCAUGCGGGACCAACUGUCCAGCACCGACCCUUACGAAAUGCGAGGCCGUCCGACGUAAAUCUGCGUCAGGUCCACCUGAUGCAUGCGGAAAUCCUUCAACAAGUGUGUAAGGACCCUGCGACCGGAGCGAAGGACAUCGCCCUCAAGCCUGGACAACUGGGGGAGAACAUAACAACCCAGGGCAUUGAUCUGCUCUCAUUGCCCAAGGACACAAAACUGCUGUUUGUGGACGGCAAGACGCCCAGACAGAACGCGCCAACUCUCAGGCUGACUGGUUUGCGCAACCCCGGUCCCCAGCUUGACGCUAUGAAGAAGGGACUGAAGGAUCGCUUCUUGGUGAAGGAUAGUCGCGGUGUGGUGGUUGGAUACAUGGCUGGUGUCAUGAGUGUUGUCGAGAAAGGAGGUGAAAUUCGACCGGGAAUGGAGAUUGUCGUCCAGAAGCCAGCCACAAACCUGGCUCUCACCUGUAUUUAAUGUGGCUUGCCAUGCGUGUUGCGCUGUGCCGCCGGGCAAGUUGUUUAUCGAUCUAGGCCUGCUAGUAGGGUGAAGAAGUUCAAUCAAGAAAUAUGUUUAACAGACCCCAUCCAUCAUGCUAUGCUCAGUCUUUAGAA